AUGGGUUUUGUUGGUUUUUUAACUUUUGGUUUUACUCAAGCUGUUUGUCCUAUUCCUCCUCUCAGUGUACAUGGUGGUCAAGUGAAUAAUGGAUAUAUGAUCAUACAUGGAUGGGCAUAUAUGUUGGCUGAUUGGGAUUCUCAUCCUGCUAUUCCUGGUGUUACUAAUGCUUCUACAAAUGUAUUAUAUUCUCCUCUCAAUGGUGGUGGUAUGGAUGCCUCCUUUUUAUUUCAACAACAAGUAGAUACAUCUGCAUGUAAUUCUGUACUUACAUUAAAAAAAGGUCCACAAUCUGUCUUUUUCCCUUGUCAAUUAUUCAAUCCAAAUUCAACUAUGCCUCCAUCUGCCUCUCAAUUUUCCAAUCACACUAGUUGUCAUACUUCUUCUGCUGCUACUCAACAAUACAACUCUUUUUAUCAAAAUGGUGUACCAAAGAAAAACGAUGGUGGUGGUUUUAACAAAGCUGCUCGUGUUUAUUAUGAUUGGUCUGAUCUGAAUCAAGAAAAUCAAUAUAUGGCUUAUAAUGGGGAUGUUCUUAAUCUCAAACUAUUACAAUCAUUACCUUUGGACUAUUUUGGUGUAUUACAAGAUGGAUUGAUUCAAUCUAUACUCAACAAUGUGACAGAGUUCUCUGGUAAAGAUAUGACCACUUAUAUCCAAGCAUAUCGAAAGGAAGGUAAUCAAUGGGAACAAGAAGCAGCCUGUUUACGUUCAUUGAUCAAGGUGGGAGCUAUUGACACUUUCAGUAUUGGAUGUAUUGCUUCUGAUAUUGUGCUAUACGUAUCACUCGUGGUGAUUUUGGCCGUGAUUGGUGUCAAGUUUAUGUUGGCUGUGAUCUUUGGUUGGUUUUUAUCGUGGAAAUUGGGUCAUUUUAGUGAAGAUCAAAACUAUGCAGCACGGAUGAAACGACAAGAAGAUAUUGAAAAUUGGGCUCGUAACAUGGAUGCUGCUGCUCCUUAUGCACUUCAACCUAACAAUCCUUACAACAAAAAACAACAUAGGAAAACAUUGUUACCUCAAACAUCACGUUUUACUCAACCUGAACAUGGUGUUCAUCGAUUCGAUUCUGGUAGUACAGCAGUCUUGGCUUCUCCUUCUGCAAACAACUCUACCAUCUGGACUCCUACUGCUCCCAAUGCUCCUUUUAUGCAACGUGCUUCUAUGAUGAGUUUACCCAAUGGAUUUGGAUCAAGUCGUCCAAAUUCGACAUUCUUUGGCAAUGUUGGAGGAGCUUCUACCCCUCGACUCAGUUAUUAUGAUAAUGCAAGUGGACAUCGACUCUCGGCAUUAACAACGCCUCGUUUAUCAACAACAUCUCUUUCUAGUGGUAGUGAUAGUAACAACAACAACCUUCCCAAAUGUCCUUUACCGUUAUCACCCUAUGUCAAUCCACAACCACCAAUCGACUAUAUGCCCUUCAAAUUUGUACUUGCACCUACGAUCUGUCUUGUGACAUGUUAUUCAGAAGGAGAGGAUGGGAUUCGGACAACAUUGGAUUCGAUUGCUGUGAGCGAUUAUCCAAACUCACACAAGUUGUUAUUAGUCAUCUGCGACGGUAUCAUCACUGGUCAUGGGAACAGCAAAUCAACACCAGAUAUUUGUGUGGAUAUGAUGCGUGAUCUGAUUGUACCUGCCGACCAAGUACAGGCAUAUCCUUAUAUUGCAAUUGCGGAUGGGAAGAAGAAAAACAACAUGGCCAAAGUGUAUGCUGGUUUUUACAAGUUUGAUGAUGCAACAGUGGAUCCAAGUUUACAACAACGAGUACCUAUGUUGACAAUUGUGAAAUGUGGAACAAUGGAAGAACAACAAGAAGCGGCUAAACCUGGAAAUCGAGGAAAACGAGAUUCACAGAUGGUAUUAAUGCAAUUUAUGCAAAAAGUUCUUUUUGAUGAACGAAUGACUCGUAUGGAAUAUGAAUUCUUCAACUCGGUCUGGCGUGUCACUGGUUUACCUCCCGAUGCAUUUGAAUUGUGUCUCAUGCUUGAUGCCGAUACCAAACUUUACCCGGAUGCUUUGACAAGAUUGGUCUCGUGUGCUGUCAAGGAUCCUUCUAUUUCUGGUCUAUGUGGUGAAACCAAGAUUGCCAACAAGAAGGAUAGUUGGGUCAGUAUGAUUCAAGUAUUCGAAUAUUAUAUUUCUCAUCAUCAAAGCAAAGCAUUUGAAUCCGUUUUUGGUGGGGUGACUUGUCUUCCUGGUUGUUUCUGCAUGUACCGCAUCAAGGCACCCAAGGGUGAAGGAUUUUAUGUCCCUAUUCUUGCCAAUCCUGAUAUUGUUGAACGUUAUUCUGAAAAUGUGGUGGAUACUUUACACAAGAAGAAUUUAUUGUUAUUAGGUGAAGAUCGUUAUCUAUCUACUUUGAUGCUCAAGACAUUUCCUAAUCGAAAGAUGAUGUUUGUUCCUCAAGCUGUAUGCAAGACGGUCGUGCCAGAUACUUUUAUGGUAUUACUAUCACAACGACGACGAUGGAUCAACUCCACUAUUCACAACUUGAUGGAAUUAUUAUUUGUCAAUGAUCUUUGUGGCACUUUUUGUUUCUCAAUGCAAUUUGUAGUAUUUAUGGAUUUGGUGGGUACUCUAGCACUUCCAGCGGCGAUCUCUUUUACUUUGUAUUUGAUCAUCAUGGCUAUUUUGGGCAAACCAUCGGUAAUCUCCUUGAUUUUGUUGGCGUUAAUCCUUGGUCUUCCUGCGGUGUUGAUUAUGAUGACAAGUCGCAAAUUGGUAUAUGUUGGAUGGAUGCUGCUGUACCUGUUUAGUCUCCCUGUCUGGAACUUCGUAUUACCAAUGUAUGCGUAUUGGCAUUUUGAUGAUUUUUCUUGGGGAGAUACACGGAAGGUGGAAGGUGAACAAAAGGAAAAUGGUCAUGGUGACAAGGAUGGAGAAUUUGAUUCAACUGUAUUUACGAUGAAACGAUGGCACGAAUUUGAACGAGAACGACGUAUUCAGUAUGCAUUGGAUCAUCAAUUACCAGCUCCUCGAUUUUUGGAACGUCCUCGUAGUGAAGCUUUCCGCGAUUCAAUGAUGCUCUUACAACGACAACGAUUGGGUUCAAUACAUUCAAAUGAAAGUGAUUGGCCUUUGGCUCAGAUGGCGGUCAUGCCCGAUGGCAUGAUGGAUGCUUCUUCAUCUUCUAUUGUCCAUGCUGGUACUCCUUCUCCCUCCUCCUAUUUCAAUGGUGCAUCUGCUCGACCCAACAACAACAAUAACAAUAGCAAUGGAUCAAGUAAAAUACGUCAUGAACUUCAAGAUGAUCCUGUGGAAGAGGUACCAUUAUCUGAUAUGCAGCAACGAUCGUCACAAGACAUGAAUUAG